UGACUGAUUUAAAGUUAUUGAAAAGAACUAUCUGCCUGGAUUCCACGAAAUAAUCCACAUUUUAUUCCUUUAUAGAUCGCAACCAUGGGCCGCCGACCAGCCCGCUGCUACCGCUACUGCAAGAACAAGCCCUACCCGAAGUCUCGCUUCUGCAGGGGUGUUCCCGAUCCCAAGAUCAGGAUCUUUGACCUGGGCAGGAAGAAGGCCAAGGUAGAUGAGUUCCCCCUGUGUGGCCACAUGGUCUCUGAUGAGUGUGAGCAGCUGUCUUCUGAAGCGCUGGAAGCUGCUCGUAUCUGUGCUAACAAGUACAUGGUGAAGACCUGCGGUAAGGAUGGCUUCCACAUCCGCAUGCGCCUGCAUCCCUUCCACGUGAUCCGCAUCAACAAGAUGUUGUCCUGCGCUGGAGCUGAUAGGCUUCAGACCGGGAUGCGCGGCGCCUUCGGGAAGCCCCUGGGCACCGUGGCUCGUGUGCGCAUCGGGCAGGUGAUCAUGUCUGUGCGCACCAAGGCGCAGAACAAGGAGCACGUGGUGGAGGCGCUGCGCCGAGCCAAGUUCAAGUUCCCCGGGCGCCAGAAGAUCCAUAUCUCCAAGAAAUACGGCUUCACCAAGUUCAACGCCUCUGAGUUUGACGCCAUGAUGGCUGAGAAGCGCGUGAUCUCUGACGGCUGUGGCGUGAAGUACAUCCCCAGCAGGGGGCCGCUGGUCCGCUGGAAGGCGCUGCACGCCAACUAGAGGGAGAAUAAAGAGUGAACAGAC